GUGAAAAUUCUGGGAGGAAAGCACUUUAAGACCCCUGAUGGAGAAUUUGUAGAAAUGAAAAGUGGGACGCAAUAUAAAAUACAUGUCAAAAAUUGUCAUGCUUAUGGUUGCCAUGUCGACAUAUCUAUUGACGGUUAUGACGUAGGGGGAUGGGCUCUCCGCGGUGGAGAAGAGAUGUCAAUAGAAAGACCAGCUUAUGAGGCCAAGAAGUUCACCUUCUACCGAGUGAAAACUGCACCGAAAGAGGCAGGAAUUGAAUCUGGCCGGCCCGAAAAUGGAGUUGUUAAGUGCGUGUUCACACCUGAAGCUUUUCUUAACAUUACAGUGAUCACCUCUGAUUCGUCUCAGCCUUUGAAUGUGAGCAUGCCUCCAUCGGCGACAGUUGGUGAGUUGAAACGUAAAUUGCAGCACCAGAUGGGAGUUAUGGAUGACCCCUAUCAAGUUCUGGCUAAAACCGCGAGGGUCCUAUCAAAUGGUACACGACUACGAGAUAUAAUUGAGAAACCCAUGGAUUUGAGACUAAUAGAUGCAGAAAUAUCAAUUACAGUAACAGCCGAGGCGUGUUCCAAUUGUCCUUUUCCAAUAAAGGUGCAUCCCGGCAAGGUAAAGGUCCAUUAUCUUAUGGAACAGAUAGAAGGGAAGAUUCAAGUCCCAAUCAGGGAUCAAAAGCUUUACCAUGAGGGAAACCUCUUGUCAGCCGCACCAAGCAGCUAUCUUCCUGAUAAACUUAUCUGCAGUCCACGUCCGGCUGUGAAUGUCAUUAUCCCCGAGUACAUUCACAUAACUGUAAAAGAUCAGAGUGGCGACUCACACUCCGUGAAAGUGGACAAAGAAAAGAACUUAGAGGCGGUUAUGGAAGAAAUUCCUUCGAGCAGUUACCUGCAGGUAAACGAAGAGGCUACGUUUGCUUUCAAUGGAAAGCAACUCUUCCCUUCUAAAGACAAAGGAACCUUAGCAAGCCUUGGUAUUUGCUCUGGAUCGAAGCUUGAGUUGACCGUGAGGAUUCUUUACAUCGAAGUCAAAGUUUUCUUCUCCGAUAACUCUUCAUCAGUCCGUGUGAAGUGUGAUCCCCAAGAAACAUUCCGGGAUUUGGUUGAAAAGAUCUUAAAAAGGCGCAACAUUAGUAAGUGCAGGCUUACAUUUGCAAUAGAUGGACGAGAGUUUGAUCCGGAUCAAGACAAGGGUCCGUUACAAGAUUACGGAGUUACGCAUGGCCGUACGCUUCGGGUGACGAGACAUCCCACUUCGGACAGUAUUGGCGCUAGGAUACUCAACCGGCUUAAGAGUUUAGGGACUUCAGAAGAGGAUCAAUCCUGUGGUUUCUCUGGAAUUUUUGACGGUCGUGCCAAUGUCGUUGAACCGGAUCCCGCAUGGAGAUCAGGUGGAACAACAUUACAAGGCCACAGUACACAACAGUUUACCGCAGCUGAACCAAUAAGAGUGGAUCAUUCACAGAGGGUGGAACUGGUACUCAGGCUUGUAGCCAGAGAUGGAGAAAAAGAUCUAGAAUUUCCCAAAGGUGAAUGUAAACCGCUGUCAACUCUGACUCCACCACCUGUCCAAGAGUAGGGCAGACAAUGAAUCGGUGUAAAUGGAAGUCAGUUCAACAAGUAUAUUCUAAUUUCUUUAGGUUUGUCUUGUUCACCGAUGACAGCAAAAUAUGUUAAAAACAAAAUUCUACAGUAAGCUGAAUAAUACGAGUGUUCAGAUUUGUUCUUUCUUAUAAUCUGUUGGAAGAUAGAUGAUAUCACCAUCAACAAGUUUUUACUUCUUUUACAUUAUAUGAAACAUAUAGAUUCCAUGUUGCUGUUGGUCAGUUCAGUAAUAGAUCACAGAAGUUGUAAAAAUAUGACAAGAACAUCAGUGACAUGUACUUCGCAUUUAUUAAAGAAAUAACUUUGAAAGCA